AUGGAGGAUGCCUUUUAUGGAAUAACAUCAGGAAGGCAGGCAAUCCCUAAAGAAGUGGCUUCAUCUAGUUUUGAUUCUCCAUCUCCAGCAGGAGCAGUGAUAUGUGAACCAAGUGCUAUGAUUGAAAUCGAGAGUCAAUGCACUCUAUAUGAGCUUACAGGUGUACAUUAUAUUUGCCUUGCAAAUCCCCUGUCCAGUAGGAACUGCCUCAUCUUGCACGUGUGGAACAGGUACCUUUACCUCAAGACUUCUUCUGGCGUUCCUCCCUUCUGGGGAGGAGCUGCACAUCAGCCAGCUGAGGCAAAAACCUCACCUCGGGGCCCAGCUUACCUGCGGGAACACCCGCAGCCUCCAAGCCCCGCUCUUCCCUCACGAAGCGGGGCAGCGCCGCGACGACCCGUCCACACACAGCAGCGGCCUCAACGCGUCAGGGGCAGGAGGCAGCAGCCUGGCGGCGGCGCCCGACACCCAAGGGAGAAGCCCGGCUGCAGAGACGGGGCUCCGGGCGGCUACAGGGAGCCUAAGGGCGGCCGCCUCCCUCCCGCCUUCGCCUCGGCGGGCCGGCAGGUGCGCCUAGAGGAGGCGCGGCCUCGGCGUCCCCCUCAGGUGUGGCGCCGCCUCCGCCUCAGGUGCGGGCGGCCCCGGGCGGCGCCGCUCCCCCGCCAUGGCGGCCCCCGGCGGGCUGGGCCGCUGCGUGGCCGCCUUUUGGCUGGCGCUGGCCUUCGACGCGCUGGGCCUGGCGGUGCUGCUGGCUGGGGUGUUCGCCGACGUGUUCUUCGCCGACCUGCUCAUCUACGCGGGCGGCAUCGGCAUCUUCCUCAGCCUCAUCUGGUGGGUGUUCUGGUACGCGGGCAACUUAGAGGUGCCUCUGGAGGAGCUGCGCGACGACGUGGGGUUGGCGCCGCCCAAGGGCCGCGGGGACAGCGUGCUGCGGGGGCUGGUGCACGGCCUCAGCCGCCGCCUCUCCUCGGCCUUCGGCUCCGCGCCGCGGACCCGAGCCGCCGCCACCGCCGACCUGGAGCUGAGGGGCCCGCGGGGCCGCCCCGCCGAGCCCGGCAGGGUCUGCUGAAGACAUGACUGUUAAAGUUACUGCCUUUAAAAGUGGGGAAAGUGCUACAAAUUAUGGAAAGAGAAUUCCCUACUCAAUGCAAUAGGAUUCUCUCAUUCUGGAAUAAUUUCUACAACCACUGUGGAUUCUGUAUGAAGUGGACACACAGAGCUGUAUCUCUGCCAAAUGCACCUCUUUCAGCGUUGGACUGGAUCACUUCUUUUUAACCAUUUCAGAAUUUAAAAUCGAUCUUCUAAGAAGUGAGAACUAAAAAGGAAACAAACCAAAUUCACAGAAAAAUAACUGCAGUGUGUAAUGUAGAAGUAUCUUUUGUAAUAACCCGGGAAUGUUUGGAUAAAAAGCUCUUGCACAAUGAAAAGCUCUUGCACUGUUUUACCAAGGUCUAGAAGUUGAACUUACUGUGAAUUUUUAUGAUGCCAGUGCAAUACUUUUAUUUGUAAGGGUGCUUUUAAAAUAUCUAUGUAAAACUGUUGAUGCAAGGGUACAAAUGUAGUAGAAGUUGUUUAUAGUGUACAUAGACAAUUUACAGUGUCUCUUGUGAAUUUUCAUCAUUAUUUUGGAAUAAUUUGGAAUUUGAAAUUUUGUAAGUAGAAAAAUAAGAAUAGUGAUGUUGGUAUGCCAAUCCUUUCUUCAUAGUUGUGUAUCAUGUAAUGUGAUGACUUUUAGAGACGCUUUUUUAAUCCAGUGAUGAUACAAGAAUUAUUUUUCUAAUGCUGAAGCACUAAAAAAACCUACAAAGUCAAAAAAAAAAAAGAAAAAAACUAAUAAGCACAAUGAUAUUUUACAGAAUCUUACCAAAUUUACAUCUAGAAGUAAUUGAAAUUGGGGUUGGGUUGUGUGUGGAAAAAUUUAUAUUAAAGUUAAUGAUAUGUAAAAUUUUUGUAUGUGAGGAAUUCCUGAGUCCCUCUGUUUCUGCACUAAUACAAAGAGUUUGAG